AUCAACCACCAUGGUGGGAAAAUGGAAAGUAGCGCUGCUGAUACUUACACUCAUACAGGAUGGCAGAGGGCAGACGACACCACAGGGCACCGAUCCGUUACUAGUUCAUGUCUUACAAGUAGAGAAGCAUCCUUCAAAAAUCCCAGGACCAAAGUCACUGAAAGACAAAAUAGCCAUUGUGGGCGCAGGGCCGUCCGGUAUUCAUAUGGCUUACAAACUUAAGAAAGCUGGAUUUAAAAAUGUGGUAGUGCUUGAAAAGUCGGGAGAUGUUGGUGGUAAAUCGCGAACGAUAUACCACCGAGGUGUUCCACAUGAGAUGGGGACGUGUUACACGCAUCCAGACUACGAAGAAAUAUACGAACUGAUCCGUGAACAUGACGCGGGGGACAUUCUUCCCAUGCCUAGCCCGAGUAUGUGGGUAGAUACUCCGAGGGGUAAAGUGCCUCUGACUUCAUCCCAGUACUACGCAAUAGAAGCCCGUAAGAUAAAGCCAGACAUGGCGAAUGGCACCGAGGGCUUAUUUUUCCAGGCAGCUAUCCAGAAAUACAUUAAACUACAUACAUCAUUAUUUGGCCAAUACGAGGGAAUGUUAAUGCCACGCCCAGAUCGGGCGAAACUUGCUGCUACAAACAUGACAUUUGUCGAGUUCUUACGUAAGCAUGACAUCGAAAUUUUAAAGGCAAUAUUUUUGCCUGCUGCUACAAUGCAAGGCUAUGGUCAUGUAGAUGAGGUAUCCGACGUGUAUGCAAUGAUGUGGUUAACGCCAAACUUCCUUACAAACUUGCUACGAAGGGAUGAAAAUGGGGAAAGUAAUAUCAAAAUUCUCAGUAAAGGAUUUCAAUUUCUAUGGCAGGAGAUGAGAAGACAAAACAACCUCGAUGUCAGACUGAAUAGUCCAGUACUUGGAAUCGUACGAUCAAAACGAGGCUUCAUUCUGAUCUAUAGAGAUUGCAAUUUCUGGCGUUUUGAACAUUUUGACUUUCUCAUAUUGACUCCUUUUAUGAAAUCAUUGUCGAAUGUAAUUCAAUUUAACCGGGAGGAAAAUUCUCUAUUUCAAACCUCAUUUCACUACUAUUUCAUGGCAACUUUGGCUGACACCACUUAUGGUAGACGAAGUGAAACUCCUACAGGUUACUUCGCCAACAACAUCAAAAGCAAGAUUGACAACCUUGUUUGGGGGUUUCGAGACUCGUAUGCUUCGUUAAAUAAUAUCAUUGGUGCUAACUAUUCAAGCGGAAUAUUUCCAGGAGGAACUGAUGGUAAAAAAUUGCAAUCGUCAAUCUAUUACCAGAUGCUGCAGGCAAGGCCUGUUAGGGCAAUUGCUGAACAAAUGCUACGCGAUCACGUCAACAGAGUGGAACAAGCUCAGGUAGUUGGAGUGCAGAAGCAAAUAGUUUGGGAUUACUUCGCAAGGUACCCCGUCCCGGAUAUAGCUAAUGGAAUAUUAUGGGAUAUAUUAGACAUACAGGGAAAGUAUGGAAUAUGGUAUAUCGGUUCCUCCGUAUCCUUUGAAUCUCUUACUGCAGUUGUUGGCUACAAUAAUCUGCUUUUGAAACGUAUGGACCUACCCAAAAUGUAAUGUUGUUCUUCAGGUCAAUUGACAUUUCUUUAGCAAUUUCGACAAGUAUAUAUCUAAAAACGUGUAUUCUGGUUGGAUUGGCAAUUAUAGAAAUACGAAUUAAUAAAAAUGUAUCAGAUUAACAAAUGGAGGCAUUAGAUUACAACAGGGAUAUGGCAGUAGCAAGUCUUGACUAGCUUAAAAUUAGCUUGAGUUUCAUCUGGCCCUAACACCAGACUUAGACAUUGUGACAUAUACAUGUCAGUUGUUGGGCCAGAGCGCACUCCUAUAUGAAAACCUGGAAUUCUCCGACACCGUUUUGUAUCGGAGAGUUAUGAGGUGCUGACAACAAAAAUCUACUAGGAAAUAACACACAUAUCGAUAACUGGAUUAUUUAUUUAUCAAAGUCCACUUUUAGUAUCACCAACAGCUCUUAAAUUCCGUCAGUAGAUUCGUGGCCUUUAAAUCUUUCAAAAUUUUCCACCUUAGGGAACGCGAUUUUGUAGUUCAUGGGCGUGACUAAUCAACAAACCGUACUGAUCCGGGCCGAAAACAGAAUUAUUGAAGAAGAUUCCCGGACUGCGUCUUUUCUUUAUUAGUCACUCCCCGAUUCCAAACGGUGUCGGAGAAUUCCACGUUUUCUGAUAGGAGUGCGCUGUGGCCUCACACCAGACAUCUCUAUGUCAAAAUGUCUAAGUCUGGUGUUAGGGCCAGAGGAAACUCGGGCAAACUUAAAAUAUGCGGGGAUACAUGUAUACUGUGUGUGCAUUGCCGUACCGCACAGUACGUAACACUCGCCAUAGCUAUGUGUGUUUGAGGUUAUGAUAGAAAAUGUGCAUCCUUGUAUCAUUGUGGCUAUCAGCAAAACUGCUACAAUGGUUAAAAUGAAUGCCUAUUACAGAAACAAUUUAGACAAUACUGCCUCAGGACUACGGAUGAUGGUAUUCGUAUAUAUGUUUGCGAGGGAAGAGAUUCUAUCAUCGGCCUUUUUAACCUUUAAAAGAAAGACAUAUCAAAGCUAAUUGUUCGAUUAAUAUGAGGGCGCAUGAAUAUACUAAUUUCAUUUAUCAGUUACCCUGGAUUG